GUGUGUGUGUGUGUGUGUGUGUGUGUGUGUGUGUGUGUACAUAUAUAUCUAUGUCCUAAUCUACGUAUAUCUAUCUGUGUAUAUAUGUGUGUAUGUGUAUAUAUCUUUGUGUAUAUAUGUGUGUGUAUGUAUAUCUAUGUGUUUGUACAUAUAUAUAUGUGUAUAUAUGUGUGUGUAUGUAUAUACAUACACAUGUAUAUCUGUGUGUGUAUAUGUGUGUGUAUGAUGAGGAGCAAGUGA